AUGUCUAAGCGACCGGCCUCCCCGUCUUCGGUCAUCGAGUCGCCUGCUUCCAAGAAGCAAAAGAUCAACGAGACUAUCGCCCAGCCAAUUGCGACGGCGCCGACGCCAGGUGAGAUCACUGCUACACGACCGCAGCCAGCCGAUACUACCGAUAUUGCGAAGGCCCCGGAAGUUGCUGGGCCCGUUGCUCCGCCUGUAACGACCUACAAAGUUAAGAAGGCAAAUAAGAAGGAGACCAAGGCCAAGGUGGACCCCAAGCCGAAGAAGGAGACGACGCUUAAGGAACCGAAGGUAAAGAAGGAGAAAGUGGUCAAGGUACGUGCCACGCCAGCAGUACCUACCGUUCAGGAUGCAUUCAUUCCCUGGACUCCUGAUGAUGCGCAACUUCCCAAGCCCAAGAACAAUGGCUGGUGGGGUAUCAAGCCUGUCAGUGGUGACCCACGGCCACACCCAGAUCAGCCAUCAGCCCGAAGCAGCAAUGGUGCCACCAACCCGCCUAUGUACGAAGACCGUGGCUUUAGGUUCAAGCGCGGAUCACGCUAUGUAAAAUACUUCGGACCUAUCAAGCCCGAUGGCGCAGAUGAUGGUCCUGAUCUAGACCAAGAAGACCUUCUAAUCCUCAAGCUUGUCGACAUGCGAUCCGAAAUCAAGGGCAAGAAGGGCGUACCGAAGGAUGUUCCGGUUGUACCUAAGCGUACCGCAGAGCCUUACUUCUGCGAGCAUGGUAAGCCAAAGGACUGGAACGACAAACAGGCUCUUAAGGCUCUUAAUGAUCGCCGGACGCAAGCCAUUGACCGUGUCUCCCGGGAUGCGCCUUGGACAAAAUCAGAGCGUGAGUACCUUUCGGAGCUCCUUACUGGGCACCCGGAUGCCUCGAUUUGGGAGCUGACGGAGCUCCACAACGACCAUUUCAUGGAGAAGGAGGUCGUGAUGACGAUCGGUUUCGAGCUUUCUGAGGGACGCACUGUGGAGAGCGUCCGCCAUGAAUACGUCACAUAUAAGCCUUUGUAUGACCAGGGCGGCGUUCCAGUGACUCGUUGGUCCCGCAACAAAUCGGAGCAGGGCGAGCGCAUCGACAAAAAGAUGAUUGCGAAGUUCGGCAAGCCAGGUAGGGUCAUGAAAGUGGCCGGUGAUGAGGACGACUCUGGCUCCGACGACGCAGCAGACGAGGGUGCUGAGGCGGUGAAGAUCUCUACGCCCAAGAAGAAGCGUACCAAGAAGUCCCCUGUUAAGAAGACCAAGGACGCCGAGCUCACCGUCAAGGCCGCCAUCGAGAUGACCAAGCAGCCCAAGCUGAAUGACAGCGACGAGGAGUUGCUGCAACUGGCUGGUCUCGACGACCCGGAGCAGAUUCGCACUUCUCCCCCAGGUAGUCUACCACCUAACUCCCCUCUCCGCACUCGUGCAUUCAGCUGGAGCUCCGGUAGCAGCCUUUCUGACGUACCCUCAGACCUCCACACGCCUGGAAAUUCGCCCAUCCUGAAAUCCAAGACCCCUUCCAAGGAUCAAGGUACGCUUGUUGAUGUUUUGACGUGGAUUUCUGACGCUCAUCUUUCUGACCAGCCGGCAGAUCUAGAGUCGCCCGGCACUCAGGACUUCAAGGCAGCUCUCACGACGCUCAACGUUGAGUCUGUCGCGACUGUCGUCACUGAGGAGCAGCUCAAGGCCGUGGAGCCUGUCGUCCCAAUCGAGACUUUAGUAGAGCAGGUCAUCACCAUCCAGGAGGAUGCCGAUGAGCAGAUGGAAUACAGCAAUGAGAAGCAGACCUUAGCCAAGGAUUUCAUACCGGAGACCAAGGAUUCGCCACAGGAGCCCAUCGAGGAGGUAGUCAGCCCCGUCCUUUCCCUGGAAUUGAAGCCUGCGCCUACUCCCCGCGCCAUUCGCGACAUCGUGAUCGACGAGGACUACGACGACGAUGACGAGUUGUAG